AAAAAAAAAAAACUUAAGCGAUUUUCCUAUAAAUAUCUUUGUUUAGUUUUACGAUGGAAGAUCGAAAAAGUACAUCGGUUGGCCCGACCUUCUUUCGCUCGCUCUUGUACCGUUGCAUCAUGGCCGCCAGGAGACUCACCGGCCUCCUCAAAACGCUGGGCCCCAUCAUCUCCCCCACGAAGUGCAGUGCCAGAAGCCUCAACACUCUCGUUAGCGAACACACGGUCAAAUGGAUGCAGAGAGAAGCGAGAGAGAGCUCAAGAGAUUUCUGCUGGUUGUCCCCAUAUUCCAGCCAUAUUGGUUUGAUGUUAUGCACUGCUGAAGGCCAGAGAUUGCUGUCCAAAGGCUCCCAACACCCUGUCAAAGCUGUCCAAAUUUAUGUCGAACACAGGGAGCUGCUGUCCAGAUUUUCUGGGCAUUGUUUGGAGGCUUUCCAGACUAUUCCUUCUUGUCUCCUUGCUGUCCAGCAGAAUUCCGGAGCCAGAGUUGUUGUCCAGUUGACCAAGAUCUCUUCUUGCGGCCCAAAGAACCAGCCCAGUUUGCUGUCCAGAUUCUUGGACAGGCGCCAUAUGUUAUCCUGAGUAUUGGAGCCUUGAAAGCUGCUAUCCAGAAGCUUACAAGUUGCUGUCCAGAACUUCCAAGACCCAAAACCUGCUGUCCAGACUUUCUGUGGGUGCUGUCCAGAGAUUUUGGCUUGCAAUCUAGAACAUUUCAACAAAGUAUUGUGCUGUCCAGCCCACCCGAGAAGGGUCGGCUGCUAUCUAAUAGCAAUCAAGAGGUCCAUGUU